AGCUGAGGAAGUAAACUGACCCUUUCCUUUUGGGGGGCUGAGGGCCAAGGGCAGAGCUGGGUCCUCCCAAGCCUCUGAUGUACACCAGUCACUCCUGAGCUCCACAUGAGAAACAUGUACCUCUCUGCCCUUAGGGGACGCUGCUUGCCAGGGAUCUUUAUGUCUAGGAAAGGGGGAAGGCAGACAGCUGCAGUGACCUCAGCAGGAAGCUAGGAUCAAGUGACCCAGCCCAGAGUUCCAGUUUCCAGUUUUUCACCAGAGUGGCAAGUUGGGAGCUCUCUUCCCGCGCAAAUGGGAGUGUCCUGGGAUCCUGAGACCAGCAAAGGACUCUGACUUGAAGUUUCUUUUCCUUCAAGAACUUUUCCUGAAAGAAACUACCGCCACUAGGGACCAGUGGCGCCUGAGGGAAGGAAACCAUGAAGCUCAGAGCCGUGCUGAGGGAGGGCUUGGGAACUCUAGAGCUGUGAGUCACUGCUCCGAGCACCGGCCCCACCUCUGUCUCCUGCUCUCAGGCUGGCCAUGGCCUCAAGUGGAGGAAGUCGGGGCUCCAGCUCCGAUGAAGACAGUAGUAUGAAUUUCCGGGAGACGCUUCUGCGCAUAGACGCAAGCCUGGGGGCCCAGGACGUGGAGGGCCUGAAAUUCCUCUGCAUGGACAAGGUCUUCGAGAAGAGGCUGGAGCGCUGCAGCUCGGCCUCAGAUCUGUUUCACCUUCUCCUGAGGGAGGCGCUGCUCAGUGAGAAAGACCCCUUCUUCCUGGCCGAGCUCCUGUACAGCAUCAAGCAGCACUCGCUUCUGCGGCACCUUGGGUACACGCGCGAGAGGGUGGAGCAGUGCCUGCCCGCGCGCCGGAGGCUGUCGCUGUUCAGGAGCCUGCUCUACGAACUGUCAGAAGCCAUUGAUGCAGAGGCGCUAAAGGGCAUGACCUUUCUUCUGUACGACCACAUUCCCAAAACCCAGAUGACUUCUCUAAGUCUACUGGUGUGUCUAGAGAAGCAGACUCUAAUAGCCGAAGACGAUCUGACGUUACUGGAGCAGGUCUUUAAAGAGGUUACACCCCACCUUGUGAAAAGGAUAGAGAACUACAGAAGAGAGAAGGCUGCCCAGGAAGCGACACCUCCUACAGACAGGGAAGUGAAGUCCUUGAAUCAAGGAGAGGAAGAAGUGUUUUCCCAGUCAGAGAUUAAGCAGUUCAUUCAGGCUUUACCGGAGGCAGACAUGUACAGGAUGAACCGGAAGCACAGAGGGCUCUGCGUCAUCAUCAACAACUACUACUUCAAGGGCCUGUCCGAGCGAAUGGGGACGCACACGGAUGCCGAGUCCCUGAAGUGUGUGUUCCAGUGGCUCGGCUUCGCCGUGCACAUGCACCAUGACGUGACUGGAGAAGGCAUGCGGAGGAUUCUGAGGGAGCAGAAGAGCCACCCGAGCCACGCAGACGCGGACUGCUUUGUGUUCUGCUUGCUGACCCACGGGGGGCCUGGGGGUGUCUACACCACAGACAAAGUCUUCAUGCCUCUCCGGGAGAUCACGUCUCACUUCACAGCCCAGCAGUGCCAGGGGCUGGCUCACAAGCCGAAGCUCUUUUUCAUCCAGGCCUGUCAAGGUGAAGCGGUGCACCCUUCUGUGCUCGUUGAAGCGGAUGCUGUGAAUCCUGAGUGUGUGCCCCCUUCCCUUCAGGGUAGUAUUCCGGAUGAGGCAGAUUUCCUGCUGGGUCUGGCUACUGUCCCUGGCUAUGUGUCCUUUCGGCACAAGGAGGAGGGCAGCUGGUAUAUUCAGUCUCUGUGCAGUCAUCUGAAGAGCCUGGUCCCAAGGCAGCAGGACAUCCUGUCCAUCCUAACGGCUGUCAACCAUGAUGUGAGCCAACAAGUGGAUGCCACCGGGCAGAAGAAGCAGAUGCCUCAGCCCGCUUUCACGCUCAGGAAGAAGGUGGUAUUCCCUGUGCCCCUGGAAGCUCUUCGACAGUAGCAGUGCAUCAGCUUCUGGACUUGAAAGGCUCCUUUUCUGACUCCUGUGACCAUCCCCACCCCUGCCUGGCCCAGGAACCGGUGGUGGAUGUGAGCUGGUCUCCUACCACUGGAAGCACCUUGUUUUAGGAUGCAUGGUGAUUCUGUUUUUUUCUUCCCCCUUCCCACAAAUUUAAAUGUCAGCAGGGUGUGGUGGUGCCCACCUGUAA